AGCUGGCGCCUUAUGACAAUUGUGUGCCAUUCAAGUCUUUGUGUUUGCGUUGAUUGGUUUUAAAAGGCAACAUUGUUUUAAUGUCUUGACUUUCAUCAAUGAAUGCUGAUAUUGACCAUUCGCGUUCGUCGCGAAGACCAAGGCCAGAAGUUGCUGUGUAUCGUCCUGGGUCAGGACCACUAAAAAAAUCAAGCAGCAAUGUAGAAAACAUUCAACCAGGCAGCAGUUCACAAGGCACUGGGAGAACAGAUAUUGAAGGCAGUCUAGCAUCAAAUUUAAGGAAUGUCAAUCUCAAUGAUGAGAGGAACAAAUCUAGAGAUCGGGCAGGGGAAGUUUACGCUCAAGAACCCAAGUCUAGAAAGACGAACUCGCAGAGACACGACAAAAAUGCUAGCAAGCCAAGCGUUGAUGUUCAUCAUCAGCAGGAUGCAAAUAAAAAGAAAGAAGAUUCAAGGGAACUCCCUGUUGCACAGGGUAAAAGGCAGCUGUACUACCAAGAUAAUGUAGAGACAGGAUCAAAUCAGGAUCUACGUCAACUUCUUCUCGAGAAAAGGCAGCAAAGAAAUAACGAAUCACCAUCAGCAGGCCAUAGCAAGCAAAGUCCAACUCCCAGCCAACCUGCAAAUGGCAAACAGAAGAAUAACAAUCAGUCAGAACAGCAGCUAGGCAAACCAAGAGAAGAAGUGAAAAUGAGCCACCCUAACGCACCGUCUGCAUCAAAUAAGACCUCACAAACUGCGUUGACUGAUUCAGCGUCGAUGCUGACUAGACAAAGUGAAAAAAGAAGUUCAGGAAGACGUCGAAAUGAUCGCAAACCUAGAGUAGAGAAUUCGUAUUCUGAAGGGCAUUUGGCUGCUUUGACCAACAAUAACUCGCCAGAGGCGACUUCCAACCGGCCAUCUACGAACUUUGAAGAAAAGAAAAGUAUUAGUGGCAGUUGGAACAAUUUAUCAAGAAACAACAGCAAAGACACGAGAGAAGAAAUGGGUCGCGGUGGAGGAAGGAAGAAACGACACAACCGCAGUCGUGGAAGUAGUCGUCGAGGAUCGAUUUCUAGCGAAGCCGGAACUCCCCUUCCAGAUCGUCAAUUAGGGCAUCCCAUCAAAGAUGAUUACCACUAUUACCAGUCGAUUGAACCUUCUCGAAUCGUUCGCCUAGUAGACGACGACAAACCAACGAAGAAAGUUGGAGGUAGUGGUGGAUAUUAUCAAGCUGGAUCGAGCAAAACCCGUCAUUCGUCUAGCCCUCAAAGGAGUAAUAGCAGAAAUGGAAUGAUACCAGAAGAGAAUUCAGGGAUCAAGUCUCCGACUGGCUUAUUUCGUCGUUCUCCAUCGGUCACAUCACCAACUCCAUCAUUACCUAAUUAUAGGCAGAGUUCUGAGCCACCUCUCCAUCCGAGAUAUCAAAAUCAAGUACAAAACAACUUUAUGCGAGAACAGAGAAGAGAAAGACACUUUGAUGAGAGAUCGCAAGACUCGUACCGGUCUGAUGGAAGGCCUCCGUCCGGCCGUGCGGGUUCAUCGAGGAACGAUCGCCCUUCGCUGCCAAACAAAUUCGAUUCUCUUCCACCUCGUCUUAAAAAGAAAUACGAAGAAGAAAGGCUCCUUCAAUUACAGAGUGAAAGAAUCCCGUCUGCUCAAUCGAUUUCAUCCGUUAAACCAUCGCCCACGUCUGGCCAUUUGCCGGCCAAAACCGAAUGGGAAGGUAGUUCGCGUACGUUCGUCAACAUUACUGGAGGGACUCUGCCAAUCCGGCCAUCCCUGCCUCAUCCGUUCCCACAAUCCGCACCUCACUCUGCUAACAUCCGGCCACCCCAUCGGCCCGGCUCCGGUGCUGGAAACCCGUUGAGAGAUCGACAUCAGCCAUCAAGUUCUGGAGUAGCAUCGCGAUUCGUCAAGGCUUUGCCUCUGUCGGAUCAAGCGGAAGACUCUGAUCCCAUCCAUGUUCCAGCUCGACCUCGUAGCCAAGAUUCCAUGUCGUUCUCCGAUCACGGGCGGGAACGUAAAACAUCAGUGACGGACUCUAGGAGUUCGACACCUCUAUCGAACGUGGACAGCGGUUCGGGAAUGCAGCUGCACGGACGGGCAACGUUGAGACGUCUGGAGGAAGUGAUGAGCGCGACACAGACGUCGUUGGACUGGAGCGAAGAAAUGGAAGAGGAAGACAGGAGGAGUUUAGCAGGAGAACAUUACAAUCAACCUGUUGCCAGCGCCAUUGCCAAUAAAGCGCCUGAAGCCACGUUUGCCUGUACGGACAUCCGUUACAGGAACAAGCCGAUGGAAGGAUACACCGUCAUUGCCUCAUCAUCGGCCAAUGGGAUUGAAGCGGACAAACAAACCUCUCCACCCGUAGCUGGACGACCUCUACUGGGCCAGGGUCACAGACAGGAUGUGAGGAGCAAUCCACCACCGCGGAUGUCCGUCCCAGGACUGAUCCAGCUGCCCCUCGGACCUCCUCCUUCGGAUGUGAUGCGCCCGUCUUCUUCCCCAAGGCGUUCGGAUGUUGUUUCGUACCCAGCUGGAUCGUCUUACGACCGGUCUGCUGCUCGCCAACAGGAUCACAGCCGUUCGUACCCGCGCAAAGCUGGGCCGAUGCAACAACGGACUCUGUUUGAUCCAUCCAACCCGCACAAACCGAUUGUGGUGGCAUCCAGAGAUGGUGGAUCAAACGGCCAGCAGCAAUCGGUUGCAUCGCAACUUGGCUGUCCGGAAAUGACAUUUCUAACUCUACCGGCCGACCAAGGGAACAACAUGUCGUCCAGGCCGGCGUGGUACGACCCGCAAUCUGAAAAUUUCCGGAGCAGCAAGAGUCAUCCGCAUUUGCUGAUGGACAUCGCACGUUGCGACAUGGAAUUGGCGUGGUUGCUUCACGGCCAAGGCAUCCAUCAGCGCUUCAACCGGAUCCAACUGAACAGGAAAUUCUUCCAAAACAGCCUGCGGAUCAUGUUGGCCAAUGAUUUGCGUUUUUGUCAGACGGAGAACGUGGAGCAACACGUUUGGAAGAUUGCAUUCCAUAACGUCAUCGAGGCGUUGCGCAAAGCCACGGCCGAAGAACCCGAGGCCAAAGAGGAGUACAGGUCCCUCUUGUUUAACGUCAUCGACGAGGGAACGGCGUAUUUCGAAAUGCUUUUGGAGACGCUACAAGAAGCACACAAGUUUAAUUUGGAGACGUUCCUGGAACCGCAACCUUACCCAUUACUUUCGGGGUUGGGUUAUGUUGGCCUGGCCAUCAUCUCGUGUCAAAAGAUCCUCAUUUUCCUCGGCGAUUUAGCCCGUUAUCGUGAAAUGACGUCGGAAACGUCUAACUAUGGCAAAGCCAAAAGCUGGUACACUAAAGCGAAUUUAAUUAACCCGAAGAACGGCCGGCCGUACAAUCAACUGGCCAUUCUGGCCCUCUACGCGAGACGCAAGUUGGAUGCUGUUUACCUUUACAUGCGAAGUUUGAUGGCCUCUAAUCCUUUUCAAUCAGCCAGAGAGAGCCUCGUCUCGCUCUUUGACGAGAAUCGCAAAAAGUAUGAGCAACAAGAACGUAAGCGACGUGAAGCUAAAGAGGCCAGUAGCACUCGCCGUAAGGAAUCGGCAUCGGCCGCAACCGACGCGGCCAAAGUGGAUCGUCUCGAAUUGAGGCGGGAAAUUUGGAUCCAUCCGCUAGAUGGACGUCGUACACGCAGGACCACCAGCACAAACGGCGGUGCUGACGCCACUGGACUCAACAGCGACGAUGAAGAACUUGCCCAGCUGCCCAGCAUCGAGGUCAACAAAAGAUUCGUCACCAGUUACCUGAACGUGCAGGGCAAAUUGUACACAAAGAUCGGCAUGGAAACGUUUCAAGAGUGCGGUGUCCAAAUGUUGCGUGAAUUCCGGGCCCUUCUGCAGCAAACGCCGUUGCCCGUCAACCAGACCCGCUUGCUCCAGUUAUUGGCGCUCAACAUGUUUGCCGUUUCCAACACCCAGCUUAAAGAUGCGCGGAUGGCAGGCGGAUGUCGUUCAGCUUGGCAGGAAUGCGCCCUCGUCGUCUCAUUGGAAAUGUUCAAUCUACUGCUGGAACGCUGCAACGCUAUGCUGAAGGAGCAGCUGGAAACGGCUGGAACAACAUCGCUGGCAAACAGUCGACUGCUGGGCGAGGAUCUACAAAUCAUCUUACCCGCCAUUAAGGUUUGGUGCGAUUGGCUCCUGUGCCACAGCACCGUCUGGAAUCCACCGCCGACCUCGCGGGAUUACCACGUCGGACCGGCUGGAACACCGUGGACACGUUUGGCUACGUUGAUUAACCUUUUGAAUCGCUUUGACACGCGUCAAGUGGAGAUCAGCAACCAAUUGCUUGAAGGUUACGAAGCUGUCAAACUGCCCGAAGAUGUCACUCUUUGUGGUUUCACGCCGUUGAUGCUCAACAUCCAAGAAUCACGCUACACACUCAAGACAUCGGACACGGAUGGAAGGGAUCGUCGCCAGCCAAUGGACAUGGCAGCGGAUUGUGUGCGCAUCGAGCGGAUGCUCUACUUUGGCCGUGACUUUCUCUGCGGCCUAGACCCGCCCGUCCUCAAGCUCAAAUUCAUCGGCCCGUCUCUCUCCGAGUACGUGUCCGUCGUCGAUUCUUCUUCCGCCACCGCCGGACCUCAUCAAACGAAAAGCGACGACGUCGUGCAGGACGAUGAGGAAGAGGAAGGUCUCGUUGCUGGCGAACUGGAACUCGAAGAGGAAGUGACGGACGCUGGGCCGACCGACCAUCUCCAACAGUUGAGGCAGCGCAAAGACGAACUGACUCAGAAACACCUCGAUCGGCAACGUCGCAAACAGCAAAUCAACGCCAUUUUGCGCGAACGAGUCCAAGUCGAAUUGGAAGUGAGGCCGAAAUACCUGGUGGCCGACACCAAUUGUUACAUCGAUCACCUGGACGCGCUCGUCCGUUUGACGCGCGAAAAACAUUACAUCCUCGUCGCUCCACUUGUCGUGUUGAACGAAUUGGAGGGACUUUGCCGGUCGAGACUGGCCGUCGAGUCCCGGGCGGCGCUGUCUUUCCUGCGCGAGAAGAACCCGCAGAUCCGCUACGUCACCUCCAAAGGUGCGCCUCUGCCCAACUUUGCCGCCUGCACCAUGAACGAGGAGAACGACGACCAGGGUCUGACCAACGAUGACCGCAUCCUCCAAUGUUGUCUAGGUCUCUUCAAGGACAGGCUGGCCUCAUCCACCGCAGAGGAAGACACUUGUCCAGAUGGAGUGAAGCGAUUGCGGCGCGAAGUCGUCUUGUUGACAGACGAUCGGAAUUUACGAGUCAAGGCGCUCUCGCGAGACGUUCCCGUUCGUGACCUGCCGGCUUUUCUCGCCUGGUCCUCGUCGGCUGCUGCAACAGUGGCCAACUAGCAUUCGGCGCGUGUUUGUCUUUUUUUUUUUUUCUUUUUAUUAUGAUUUUCAUUAUGAUUCCCCUUCAAAUAGAGAGAAAAAAAAAAAAAAAAAAAAAAAAAGGAUUCCGGGCCGCGCCACACACGUUUAUUACCUUUACAUCCAACACCUCCUCCUCCUCCUCCAUACAGUACUUAAAAUAUCAUUUCUUUUUUUUUUUUUUUUUCAUAUAAUUCUUGAAUUUUGUUUCUAUUGGGAAAAACAAGUCAAGCGUGCGUGUUAUUUGUUGGUUGAUUGAUUGUUUGUGUGCGCGAGCAAAUGGGCCGGCGCGAUCCUGGCAAUGUGCACCCCACUUGAUGUGAUCGACGUCGAAUUUUUUUUUUUUUAAUGUGACACAUUCAUUACAAAUGACGAAUGAAAAACAAUUGAAAAAAAAAAAAAAAAAGAGGUUGAAAUGACAGCCAAUUGUGUCCCUCUGUUUAAACCCCUCCGAUUGACGACAAACAAAAAAUAGUUUGACACUUUCAUCAUUUGAUAUUCGAGUUUCAAUGUUGGAAUCAGGCCCAAUGUGCCUACCCGCUCCUCCCCUACACACAUCCUCAACUAUGACGUGAAAUAAUCUUCGUUUUCAUUUUCUUUUAAGAAAACAAAAAGCCUGAUGCUUUUCCCUUUUUGUCUUUUGGUCUCAAUUCAGAUCCCCCGCCCCACCCAUUUUCUCCUUUUACAUAUGACGAAGUGGUUUGCCCAAUACACACAAAUCAGAUACCA